UGUUAUAAUCUGUCGUGCCUUGUCCACCAGGUGGCGCUCCAUGGCUCCCAGUCAGACUCUGCGUUAAUGCACAUCUGACAACAUGGAUCUGCAUCAAGUCCCUUCUUCUUCUGGGCAGUAAUGGAACCCUUUUACACAUUUCCAAAUACUGCUUUCCAAUAUGUGCCACAUCAUGUUGGUGACUGCUGACGGGCCCCUAUGGCACACAGCAGUGGCAUCAGCUGAUCCAAUAACAUGCUUCUCCUUCCAUGCCAAUGCAUGGAUCCUGGUUGCCAACCCUGAAGGCCACUAGGAUGUCCACCUAUGUGCAUAAGAAAAACACUCCUGUGCCCACAGAUCCACCUCCAGGCUGGUCUUCUAGAAUUGAAUCACAAUACAUUAAUAUUACCUCACCACCUGAGUUUGCAUGCACGUAUUAUGUGCUUCUGAAGGCCAACGCCCAAUUGUCAGAAAUGCCUGUGGCCCCAUACCCAGCUGUACCGCUACUGUUGUGGACCCUGAUUGCAAAUGAAUGAGAACCAAAUCCCAUGGGUCAGAACCAAGCUCGCAGCCUUUCUGGAAGAUAACAAAUGGUCCCCAGCCUUCUUGAUCAGUUGUUGACCAUGACAAGUUUAAUAUCCCUGCUUGCCCCUGCCGGAGUAAACCCAGACAUUAACUCGCUGAUCCCGAAAGCACCAACAUUGCUUUUAAGAAUGCUGUUCUGUGCAAGGCCGAUUUGAUUCCUGAGAAUGUUAACUGUUAUGUGUCCACAUGACUGCUACAUGGGGCCAUUGGAAUACAACCACCCUGCCAGCAACCUUUGAGUGAAGACUGCUGUGUGGAUACGGAUAACCAUUUAGCCCGCUGACAAAGGUAACAGCUGGAAGGUGAUUCCAAGAUUCUUGAGAAUGUCAGAAGACAAAGGCUCCAGUCCCUAUGGUGCUGACUGCUGGCCCCAAGUGGUUGCUAGAUGUGACUUGGCAGGGAGUAGAAGACAACAAAAACAACUGUAUCGUGUACAGCAAAGGUGGCCAACUUUGGUGUACCACAACUAAGACCAUCUCUGAGGGUGAAGAGCUAAUUGCCUUUGUUGUGGACUUUGACUCAAGGCUACAAGCUGCCAGUCAGAUGACUCUUACAGAAGGGAUGUAUCCUGCACGUCUGCUGGACUCAAUACAACUGCUCCCUCAACAAGCUGCUAUGGCAUCUAUUUUGCCUACAGCUAUUGUCAACAGAGUGAAAAUGGAAGAAUUUCUCCUGCCUGGUGCUAGUCUGAAAUGCACAGUUUGUAACUACACUGCAGACUCAGUGAUUAACUUUCAUCAGCACCUGUUUUCACAUCUCACUCAAGCUGCCUUUAGAUGCAAUCACUGCCAUUUUGGGUUCCAAACUCAGAGGGAGCUACUGCAGCACCAAGAGCUACAUGUCUCUGGCAACAAGCUGCAGAGAGAAAGUGACAUUGAGCACUCUCCAGGUGGUACUGAUGAAGCUCUACAGCCAGCAACAGACCUUUUGAACAGAAAUGAAGUUCCCCAGAGCCAAAAGACCAUGCAGACUAAGGAUGCAAGUUCGGACACUGAGCUUGACAAAUGUGAAAAAAAGACUCCACUUUUCCUUCCAGCCCAGAGGCCAGAAACACAGCCUGCAACAAAUAAACAAAGUUUUUCAUACACUAAAAUAAAAUCUGAACCAUCUAGCCCAAGACUUGCCUCCUCCCCAGUUCAGCCUAAUAUUGGCCCUUCUUUUCCUAUGGGACCUUUUCUCUCUCAGUUUGCUUUUCCCCAGGACAUCACAGUGGUUCCUCAGGCUUCAGAGAUCUUAGCCAAAAUGUCUGAACUGGUCCAUCGAAGACUGAGGCAUGGCAGUAGCAGUUAUCCUCCUGUAAUUUACAGUCCAUUGAUGCCAAAAGGGGCUACUUGCUUUGAGUGUAACAUAACAUUCAACAAUUUGGACAACUACUUGGUACAUAAAAAGCAUUACUGCAGCAGCCGAUGGCAGCAGAUGGCAAAGUCACCAGAUUUUUCCAGCAUUUCUGAAAAAAUACCUGAGGCUGUAAGUCCCAAUAAUGGCCAAAGUUCUAUAAACAUUCUGAAUACUGCUCCUCACACUUCCGAUGCAGAGAAUCAACUUCUUCAGACGUCUUGCAUCAACUCUUCUACUGUCUUAGAUUUGAUUGGGCCAAACAGUAAAGGUCAUGAAAAAGACUUUUCGGCACAGACUAAGAAGCUUUCAGCUGCAACCAGCAAUGAUGAGAAAAUGAAUGGAAAACCUGCUGAUGUGAAGAACCCCAAUGCUCCUUUAGUAGAAGGAGAAAGUGAUCCCAACAAAACCACAUGUGAAGCUUGCAAUAUUACUUUCAGCAGACAUGAAACAUACAUGGUCCACAAACAGUAUUAUUGUGCCACACGCCACGAUCCUCCACUGAAGAGAUCUGCUUCCAGCAAAGUGCCUGCUAUGCAGAGAACAAUGCGUACACGUAAACGAAGGAAGAUGUAUGAGAUGUGCCUACCAGAGCAGGAGCAAAGGCCACAGCUGGUUCAACAACGGUUUCUUGAAGUGGCUAAUCUUGGCAACCCUUGCACAUCCACUCAAGAAUCAACAGAAGGUCUUGGAGAAUGUUAUCAUCCUCGGUGUGAUAUCUUUCCAGGAAUAGUCUCAAAGCAUCUAGAAACUUCGUUGUCCAUUAACAAAUGUAUUCCAGUUUCAAAGUGUGACACUCCACACUCCACAGUUUCUUGCUUGGAGAUGGAUGUACCCAUAGAUCUCAGCAAAAAAUGUUUAUCACAGUCAGACAGGACAUCCACCUCUCCAAAAAGGCUGCUAGACUACCAUGAGUGCACAGUUUGCAAGAUCAGUUUUAACAAGGUAGAGAACUAUCUUGCCCAUAAGCAAAAUUUUUGCCCUGUCACUGCACAUCAGCGUAAUGACAUGGGACAGCUUGAGAGCAAAGUAUUUCAAAACCCAGAAAGUGAACGAAACAGUCCUGAUGUCAGUUAUGAAAGAAGCAUAAUCAAAUGUGAGAAAAAUGGAAACUCGAAACAGUCUUCUCCCAAUGGAAACUUGUUUUCUACACACUUAGCAACUCUUCAAGGACUUAAAGUCUUUAGUGAAGCAGCCCAGCUUAUUGCUACAAAAGAAGAAAACAAACAUUUGUUUCUUCCACAAUGCCUUUACCCUGGAGCAAUAAAGAAAGCUAAAGGAGCAGAUCAGCUUUCUCCAUAUUAUGGAAUAAAGCCAAGUGAUUACAUUUCUGGUUCUCUUGUCAUUCAUAACACUGAUUUAGAUCAAAGCACAAAUACAGAAGGUGAAUCUCCUAAAGGCCAGAUACCUUCAAACGGGUGUGCUGUGCAGAAGAAAGAGUCUCUUCCAUUAUUGCCAAAAAACAGAGGCAUGGUAAUAGUUAAUGGUGGACUAAAACAGGAGGAAAGGCCUGCAACAAACCAACAACAAGAGAACAUUUCCCAGAAUCCUCAACAUGAAGAUGGGCACAAGUCUCCCUCUUGGAUUUCUGAGAAUCCUUUAGCUACAAACGAAAAUGUCUCUCCAGCUAUUCCUACAGCGGAGGAACAGUUGUCUAGUAUAGCAAAAGGUGUGAAUGGUUCCACCCAAGCCCCAACCAGUGGGAAAUAUUGCCGACUGUGUGACAUCCAGUUCAACAACCUUUCAAACUUUAUAACUCACAAGAAGUUUUAUUGCUCGUCACAUGCAGCGGAACAUGUCAAAUGAAACAAUCGGUCACCUUUGGUACCUGUGUUUAGUAUAUUGUUCCAUACAGUCUAAAGAAAGCUGUUUGAAUUACAUCUGGACAAUCAGGAGAUAAUUCAUUAUUGCUGAGUUGAAGAGACUUCAAGGUGUAAUUUCAUUACAGUCCAUUAGUAAAGUGUAUUAUUGGUGCCAUUUUCAAAAAUAUUAAUUUAUUUUACCAGCAGUAUUCAUAGCUGUAGUUAUGUUAUUUUUUAUUUAAAAACUUUAUAUUAAAGUCAUUUGUAAUGUUAUUGUAUAGUUAUUGUGUAGCACAUAUGGUUUGCACUGUAUAGUAGAUUUAAAAAAAAUAGUCACAAACAAUACAGAAAAGCAUUUUAGAAAUAGCUUCAAAAGCACUUGUGUAUCCUGAUUUUUUUCUUAUAUGCUGUUGCAGAUAUACGUAUAUGCUAAAAUAUAACUUGCAAAAAAGUUUCAACUAUGCUGUAAAGUUCGCCUUAAAAUUUCAAUUUUUUGAACAAUUGGGCUCAGUUUGCACUUUAUAUUUUAGCAGAUACAGUACCUUAGUCAUUAGGCUUUGCAUUUGUAUGUAGCAGUAUGUUUCUGUCCACUUUCUUAAUCUGAAACGUACGUUAAAUGAAGAUGGCAAUUUUUUUCUUGUAUAGUACUUGUAUUUUCUUUCGCUGAUGCAUCUCUGUCUCAAUUUUUAAAACUUUGCUGUUAAAUGCAAUACUUUAUAAGAAUGAACAAAAUUACUGGAAGCAGUAUUGUAAGUAAUGAAGUCAUAUCAAUCAGUUUUAUCUUUUGAAAGGCACAGUCUAAAAUGAAACCCUAAACUCAAUGCUGCAAGUAUGAAUCUAAUUCAUAUAUAAGAUAUAUUUAAAUAUAAGCGUAGCAAUACUGCAACUGGUGAUCACAAAGAUAAUGUUCUACUUCUGAUAGAAAUAAUUUCUCAACAAAUGUUGUUACUAUGCAUGUAUAUGGAUGGAAUAAAAUUCCAGAUCAUUG